UCAUGAUUAAGAUCCUCAGUGUGCAGGGUCUUUCAGGGCUUCUAGUUGUUAAUUAGCAGAAGUAUUCAGCUAUUUUGUGAGAAUCUAGGUAAGUAUUAUCUUACAAGAGGUGAACACAUUUUAGAAUUUUUGAGCAGUAGGGCGAACAAUUGUUUUGCUGAGAGACCUGGGACCUAGCCCCAGCUUAGCUAUUUGCUUCCUUUGCUUCAGAAAAGGAAGACCUAAAACCUUGAUUUGUUUCUGUCUUGUAAUUUUAGCCGCCAUAUUCCAAAAUGUACAGUAGCCACAGGACUAUCAAGUGUUCUAUAGGGAUGUUAUGUGUGUAAUGGUAGGAAUGUGCCCAUGCUGUUCAGUAUAAACCGGAUAAUGUUUACAAACUGAGUCAGAUCAGGUUUUUCUAGAGGCAAACUUAAGCUUAGAGUUUACUCUUAGCCUUAUUGCUUGGAUGCCAACAUUUCUUAUCCAGUAAUGCCAAUACAGACAGCUACAGAAACACCUGCUACUCUGAAAUUGGCCAACAGAAUCCUUUCGUGAUUGGCAGCACUUGUUAUCUCACAGAAUACUUUGAUUGGGUAAUUACACCGGGGUGGGAUGCAGCCUUUUCCUCCCUGCCACCAAGGCUUCUUCAUUGGACAGACCAGCUGUCAGGUUGAACCCAAACUUGCCUCCUUUUGGUGAUGUUUGUCUGGAUCGCAACACAAUAGCCGAAAGGACCUCCCCUUGUAAGCUCCGAUUGGCUAGACUCAACCUUGGGGGUUUCUGAUUGGCCCAAUGAAGAAACACCAAGGUAGGUUGCCUAGUGAUCCUGAGGAAGCUGAUGUGUUAUUCCCUCUCUGCAACGAAGGAUCAGGAAGUUUGUACUCUCUGCGUGGCUGAGAAGUUUUUCACCUACUAGAACCCGGCUAGGGUACGGGAAACAGGUGCACUCCAAAACUAGAACGCGAACUGCAGCCUACGUCCCACUGCAGCUCAGGAGCGACGUGAGGUGAGAAUGACAACAUUAACUCAUAGAACCCGUCGAACUGAAGUAAGUAAGAGCUCUGAAAAGAAAAUAGAAAGUGGUGAGGAAGACACUAAUCAAGAAAGGAGUCCAGAUAAUGAAGACCCUGGAGACUCUAAGGAUAUCCGCCUCACUCUUAUGGAAGAAGUAUUGCUCCUGGGACUAAAAGAUAAAGAGGGCUACACAUCUUUCUGGAAUGAUUGUAUAUCGUCUGGGCUUCGAGGAGGCAUUCUGAUAGAGCUGGCCAUGCGGGGCCGAAUCUAUCUGGAACCUCCCACCAUGCGUAAGAAGCGACUCCUAGACAGAAAGGUCCUGCUGAAGUCAGACAGCCCAACAGGUGAUGUUUUGCUGGAUGAAACGCUCAAACACAUUAAAGCAACUGAGCCAACAGAAACUGUGCAGACAUGGAUCGAGCUACUCACUGGUGAGACGUGGAACCCUUUCAAAUUACAGUACCAGCUGAGAAAUGUACGAGAACGAAUUGCCAAGAACCUGGUAGAAAAGGGUAUUCUAACCACAGAGAAGCAGAAUUUCCUUCUGUUUGACAUGACCACUCAUCCAGUGACCAAUACAACAGAGAAACAGCGACUAAUGAAAAAGCUUCAAGACAGUGUGCUGGAACGGUGGGUAAAUGACCCUCAGCGCAUGGACAGGCGAACACUUGCCCUCCUGGUACUGGCCCACUCCUCUGAUGUGCUGGAGAAUGUCUUCUCUUGUCUGACAGAUGAUAAGUAUGAUGUGGCAAUGAAUCGAACCAAGGACCUAGUAGAACUGGACCCUGAAGUGGAGGGGACAAAGCACAAUGCCACAGAGAUGAUCUGGGCUGUGCUGGCAGCCUUCAACAAAUCCUAAAGCCAGUAGAGGGGUGACUGUCAGAGACCCCAUCACUGAGUUCAGUGUGAUAAGAUAACUGUCAUCCUUUCCCCUCUUUUUGAAUUAGACUCCUGACUUGAGGAGGACAACCUCAAGGCCUCUCCAUGGGCCUUGACCUUCUAAGCAGACUAUUUCUCCUCACUCCCACUUUGUCUGAAUGGAAGGGGUGAACCCACAUAUAUCUAAUAAGCAUCUCCCAUUUAUGGAUUUAGUUUUAA